CAGGCCAAAAACGCUGAAGAGCGCCAUCCUUCAAUUCACCAGAAAGAGGAAUUAAACGAAAAGUUGAUGUCACUCUCAACGAAUACCACCGGUGUCAUGGAGCAUGAGCCGAAUUCCGUUCAGCAGGCUUCUAGUGAACCUCAAAAACAGCCAGUAUCAGCACCAAAGGCAGUAGCGACACUCGAAGAACUGAACUCAGAUGCCGCAAAACAGGUUUACAAGAAAAGACUUGCGAGCAGCGAGCUCCGUUUGAUCAAGAUUCACCCUGGAGACGAGCCAAGUGCCGUGAAAUGCUCAAUCUUCAGCGUCCAAGAAGGAGACCUACCAGACUACGAGGCUUUAUCGUAUGUUUGGGGCAGUCAAGAUGAACCCAAAACCAUACUCCUUGAAGACGUCACUUGGCAUGUCACGGCAAACUUACAUUCCGUUCUUUCGCACCUCCGCUUCCCGGAUCGCUUUCGUGUUGUUUGGAUCGACGCUCUAGCAAUUAAUCAAACUCACUUAGAAGAGCGCAAUGAACAAGUCAAAAAGAUGUCUGACAUAUAUGCAAACGCAACAUCAACACUCAUCUGGUUGGGUGAGGCAACGGAUGAUCUGAUAGUUACCACCUUCGAGCUCUUGGAGUUCUAUUCUAAGCUCACAGACACUGAUCAGCGGAUGUGGCGAGCAGGAUUCAUCGCGCAAAACACUGGUUUCAUAAGCAGGACUGUGAGCAUGAUGAAUCGCGUCUUCAAGCUAGAAUACUGGAAGAGAAUCUGGGUCGUCCAGGAGAUCCUCUUCUCUGAUAACAUACUUCUGAUGUAUGGUCAACAUACUCUUACCUACGACGACUUCUUCGCUUGUAUGCGAGAAAUCUGCGCUGUCUUUGCAAUGUCGCCUGUGGACCUGGAAGCCAUACCGCAGAGAUCGGUAAAUCCGGAAGCCUACUUAUUGGCAUCUCUGGCGCAUUCAACUAACCUGAUGAUUUCUGAAGUCAUACCAGUUCGUGGAGCCGCAAGGCAUGGUAAACACCUGAGCUUGCGACAGUGGCGAACGGCACAGCUGAAGCGAUCUACGGAUCGAAGAGACAAGGUUUUUGGCUACUAUGGUUGUUUCCAUCCAUCUAUUCGACAGCAAAUCCAGGUGGACUACUCAAAGACACUACCUGAAGUCAUUACUUUCAUGAUGCGCCUACUAUUGCAAGAAGAAGGGUUGAACAUGCUUCUUGGUCCCCGAAUGGUUUAUGACCCUAAGUACGAAAUACCCUCGUGGGUUUGGUCGUUGAUUGAGCCUACGACAAUACCCACCGCUCGAGGUGUUCUUAGUACCAUAGAAGACAAAAAUCCAGGUGACUGGUGCGCUGGAGGGUCUCUUCCGAGUGUCCUUGGCUUUUCUGAAGAUAGUACAGUGCUUCAUGUCAGAGGAAAGACGGUCGCAACCAUUGAAGCCACGGCACCACCAUUCUCUUCCCCUCCCCGUAGCGUUGCCGAUGACCUCUACUUCUUGGAUAAGUCCUCGGUGGAUCUAGACUUCAUGACUUUGGUGGAACAUUUUAGAUUAACAUGGCAGUCGUUCAACUUGCUGCCAGAGUUUCCGAGUACGCUUGGAUUCAUCACCGCAUUCUGGCUAGGACCAACGGGACCAAUACUUUCGGAACUGGCGAGCUGGCUGUGUGCUGGUGGUAGUGGAAGCUUGGAAACCACCAAAGCGGGAUAUAACCAUCACAUACUUGACAGCCUUCUAUCCCUCCACUUUCGUCGGCGUAUGUUCUAUUUCAUGCCAGCGACAGUGAAACUAAGCACGGAUCCAAAAGUGCGGCUCAUUGAAGGACACAUUCAUGGAGAAAGUGGAUUAGGUCCAGUAGAUGUUAUGCCUGGAGACAAGCUUUGCGUGCUUCGGGGAUGCACAGUUCCUGUUGUGCUUCGGCCAGAAGAGGGUCAGUACAUUCUGCUUGGAGAAGCAUAUGUGCCUCGAGCCAUGCAUGGCGAAGCCGUUCGGGCAGUCGAAACCGGUGAAGAAGAAUAUGAGGACUUUUGGAUAAGGUGAAAAUGACUAAACCGUUGCUUGUAUGAGUUUCACCGCGGCUUUCGAGGUAUUGGCGUCUGGAGCGCGUUCUCGUACCAGAACGUUGGAGUCACCUGACGAAGCACUGAAAUCCCAAAUCU